UCAGUCGUCAUUUGAGUCUCGCACAGCCAAGAAGAUGCGUAAAAAAUCACUUUUUCUCUUGUUUUUCUGCUCCGCAGUGCUUUCCGCGACGGGCAUUCAGUUAAUUUGCAACACAAAAAACGAAUCAUGUCACAUAAAAUCCGCAAUUUACGACUUUGAAGAGGAGCCACAAGUCAAUUUUACAUUUAUCAUGAAGGGAUCGGACAAAGUCACGCAAAUUCGGUUCGAAAACAGCGAAAUUGGCGAGCUGCCGAAAGUAAUUUUCGAGAGAUUCAAGAAUUUGCAAGUUUUGGACUUGAAAUUUUGUGCCGUGAAACGCUUCAGGAAGUCAUCGCUCGAAAAUGCGCAUAAUUUGACGGAAAUUGACCUCAGUUACAACAAAUUAAAGAGGCUGGAGGAGAAUUUGUUCGCUGUUUGUACGAAAUUAGUGACUUUAAACCUCUUUCGGAACACGAUUGUGGAAGUUAACGAGAAAGCCUUUGCUGGUUUGAGCAAUUUGGAGCGUUUAGUGUUGUCUUCGAACGAAAUUCGACGCUUACGACAAAAUGUUUUCCAAGAUUUAACGUCUUUGACUGAGUUGGAUCUCAAGAAAAAUCGCAUCGAAGACAUUGGAACAGCUUUACAGACCUUAAAACAGCUCGAAAUCCUGGAUUUGAGUUUUAAUAAAAUCAAAAAUGUCAGUAAAUCAUCAUUUUCGGGCCUAAAAUCGCUCGAAAUUCUCGAUUUGAGCAAUAAUCGCAUCGAAUUUGUCGAUUUUGAUGUUUUUCAAGCGAAUCCCGUGUUGGAAGCUGUCAACUUUGCCAACAAUAAACUCAAGGAAUUGACUUUAAAGGUAUUUAGUGCCUCGUUCAGGAUCUUGGACAUCAGCCAGAACGCAUUAACACACGUAAAUGUGACUUCCGGCGUCGUUUCCGUUCCUCAUCGCACAAAAACAAGCAUCAAUGUUGACGAUAAUUGGCUCGAAAUGAUCUCCGUUGAUGAUGAUUUGCCUCUGAGGAAGCUUUCGAUGGCCCGAAAUAACGUUUCUUCGUUGGAAUUUCUCGGAAAUUGUUGUGCGAACCUCACUUCCAUCGAUAUUUCGCACAAUCCGUUGGAGUCUCGUGCGAAAAAUGACAAAAAAUUGCGUUCUAAAGGGGUUUUGACACUCGUGGCGAGGAAUAUAAGUGCCCAUGAUGCCACAGCAGUCGAUGUUAUUUUCGAUUUACUUGAAGAAACGCCGCUCCUGCAGUCGUUGGAUGUCUCUCAGAACAAUCUCGCUGCCGUGGAUUGGACUUUGCUGCCAAAAUUGAACGAUUUAACGACAUUAAAAGUCGAAAAUUGUUCCAUCGCGCACUCGGAUGACUUAAUUUCGACAUUUCCCAAUCUCACGAUGCUCCAUUUUGGGGGCAAUCUAAUAAAUUGCGACCAUUUAUCGAGCAACGGCAAAGUUGAAUGUCACAAUUAAUUAAAAAUAAAUAACUCUGCGAGCGAUUUGACGACCAUAAACAGCGUUAGAGACAUCUAAUAAAU